GCAUGCGCGUCAACGGGAGCGGGCCGAACGGCUCUGAGCCGCAAGACCAGCUCACCUUGGACCGACCCCCCUGGGUGGCCUCCACCUUGGCCGCCAUCCUCAUCUUCACCAUCGCGGUAGAUAUCCUGGGCAACCUGCUGGUGAUCCUGUCCGUGUACAGGAACAAGAAGCUGAGGAACGCGGGAAACGUCUUCGUUGUCAGCCUAGCUAUUGCUGAUCUGGUAGUGGCCAUCUACCCUUACCCUCUGGUCCUGACAUCUGUCUUUCACAACGGAUGGAACCUGGGAUAUGUCCAUUGUCAAAUCAGUGGGUUUCUUAUGGGCCUAAGCGUUAUUGGAUCCAUAUUCAACAUUACUGGAAUCGCGAUUAAUCGGUACUGCUAUAUCUGCCACAGCCUCAAGUAUGACAAGUUGUACAGUGACAAGAAUUCUUUGUGCUACGUCAUUCUUAUCUGGGUCUUGACAUUUGUUGCCAUUGUGCCCAAUCUGUUUGUUGGAUCCCUUCAGUAUGACGCCAGGAUCUACUCAUGUACCUUCUCCCAGUCUGUGAGCUCUGCAUAUACAAUAGCAGUUGUGUUUUUCCAUUUCUUGCUCCCAAUAGCCAUAGUUACAUUUUGCUACUUGAGAAUAUGGAUCCUAGUUAUUCAAGUGCGGAGGAGAGUUAAACCUGACAACAAACCCAAACUGAAGCCACAUGACUUAAGGAACUUUGUGACCAUGUUUGUGGUCUUUGUACUCUUUGCAGUCUGCUGGGCUCCUUUGAAUUUUAUAGGCCUUGCGGUGGCCGUCAACCCAGAAACAAUAAUUCCCAGGAUUCCAGAGUGGUUGUUUGUUUCUAGUUACUACAUGGCAUACUUCAACAGCUGCCUUAAUGCUAUCAUUUAUGGACUUCUGAACCAGAAUUUCAGACGAGAAUACAAACGAAUUAUUGUGACCAUUUGUACAGCAAAAUUUUUCUUCCAGGACAGCUCUAAUGAUGCAGUAGACAGGAUGAAAAGCAAACCCUCACCAUUGAUCACAAACAACAAUUUAGUGAAGGUUGACUCAGUAUGA